AUGUCCCAAAUCCACCCCCAAGCCACCCACGGCUUUCAUGCCGCCACCUCCUACGACACCCACCGUCCAACAUACCCCCCGCCCGCCAUAUCCGCCCUCCUCUCCAACAUCCGCGUCGCCGGCGUUCCUGGCGCACGCCUCGUCGAGCUGGGCGCUGGCACCGGCAAGCUCACAAGCUUGCUUGCGGCAAGGGAAGAGCGGUUUGAGAUUGUGGCUGGAGAGCCGCACGGGGAGAUGAGAGGGGUAUUAGAGGGGAAGGAGUUAGCGGGUGUGAGGGUGGUAGGGGAUCGGGGGGAAGAGUUGGCGAGUGUGGAGGGCGGGUGGGCGGAUGGGGUAGUUGUUGCGCAGGCGUUUCAUUGGUUUGCGAAGAUUGAGACGCUCAAAGAGAUGAAAAGGGUCUUGAAGCCGAGUGGUGGGGGCUUGGGUAUGGUUUGGAACGUGGAUGAUUUCAACGCGCCCAUCGACCACACGCCAUCCACACCCUACGAAGCGCGCCUCAAAGUUAUCAUUCGGAGUUUGCCGAACCCUAUCAACUUGUACCGUGAGCUCAAGUGGAAGGACGUGCUUCGGCCGGAGCAGCAGCAGCUUUUUGAGUGGCCAAUCAAAGAGGAGGAAUUAGCGUAUAACACUCGACUUUCUAGGGAGCAUAUCUGGGAUCGAUUUGCUACGAUGUCGCAAAUUUCAAGCUUAAAGGGUGGGGAACUACAGGCAAUGAAAGAUCGUGUACUCGAGGCGUUGACGGGCGACGAUGUGGAUGAGGAUGAAGAAGGGAACAUAGGAUGGCACGGUAGAACUGUGUGGUACUGGACGUUCCCCAUCUCCGAUCGGUGA